UGCUUCCAUUCUGCGGGAAAAAAAAGAGGAAGAGAGCACAUAUCCUUAGUGCUGUAGUUUAAAACCUAAUGAAAGCAGCCCUGUUGUGACUUGCAUUUUCAAUUUUUUUCUCUCUCUUUUUUUUUUUCUUCUCCCUGUUCUCUCUGUCUCUGAUGCACAGAACACUGUAGCCAUCGCCUCUAUUCAUUUGCCACAGUCUGCAUUUACACAGUCUCCAUCCUUACAAUCUGUUGAUAACUCCACUUGCAAGCUCCAGCUUAUCGUCUUUCGGAAUGGGAAACUCUUUCAGAUCACUGGGAAUACAUCAUAUCUUGCAGAUCAGGGCAAACGUCGGGAGGUUACUACACCAGCUGUGCUUUCUAAAAUAGAUGGGUUCAAUUUCGGAAAGCUCGCCAAUCCAUUGACCAUAGCCCUGAGGCAUAUUACAAGGGGUGUAGACCCUAUUGCUGCCGUUUGGGAUUUUGACCUUCUUGACGGACAUGGGGGCUGGUGCGGAGAAGGCUGCCACCUAAUUACCUCUGCGGGCAACAUCACCACCCUUCAGUGUACUCACUUCGGGAACUUUGCAGUGCUAAUGGAUUUGAAGGCUGUGCUGUCUUACCCUCAGUACCCAGGGGAGUUCCUGCACCCUGUGGUCUAUGCCUGCACUGCUGUGAUGUUGUUGUGCCUGUUCGCUUCUAUUAUCACCUACAUUGUGCACCACAGCACUAUUCGAAUCAGUAGAAAAGGAUGGCACAUGCUGCUCAAUUUCUGUUUCCACACCGCUCUCACUUUUGCUGUGUUUGCUGGGGGAAUCAACCAAACCAGCUAUCCCAUAAUAUGUCAGUCUGUUGGCAUUGUCUUACAUUACUCUAGCCUGUGCACAGUCUUAUGGAUCGGAGUGACUGCCAGAAAUAUUUACAAACAAGUUACAAAAAACCCUUCACAAAACCAGAAUAUUGAACAGCCUCCAUUUCCAAAGCAGCCUAUGAUCAG